UUCUUUAGUUGGCAAUACUGAACCCUAGUGUUAAAUCAAAAUGUUUGUGUAUAUUUCUCAUCAAUCGGUACUGUUCUUUCCUCUUAGUUUAAUUAUGUUCGUCUAAAUAUAGUCAUUGUAUUCGUCGUGAUACUAAUUGUUCAGUUAUUUCAAAAUAUCAUAUUAAUAAUUGUUGCAUAAGAUUAUAUUUUCAUGAUGGUAACAAUCAGAAACAUAACCUGCAAUGAUAACAUCAUGUUUUGUAACAUAAGCACUUUAAACAAAAGUUUUAUAAUAUAGAAUUAAUCGCAUUUAUUAAGCAGAUAAGUUCCUGUUUACGUUCUGCAACUAUUUGUUUAAAGUAAUUGAACAUUAUUGAUUGAAAGUGUUAAAUAAAUAUAUAGCAAACAUGAAAAACAAUUCAGAUGAAAGUGAUUCUGAUGAAAACUGCAGUAAUCAAGACAAUGAUCAAGCAGUUGGAGAGAAAAAUGAAUAUUCAAGUAGUUUCUCUAAUCAAUCUUACAUUGAAAGACGCGGUAGAAAAAGAAGUAAUACUACCUUAACAGAUGACACUUCAGACUUGAAUGAUAGCGAUUGUAACGAAGAAUAUUAUGAUAAAAGUUUUGACGAAAAAGACGAUAUGAAAUUUAGACAUAAUAUGUAUAAAUCUUGUGAACAAGACUCUGGCGAGGAAUGUCAGAGUGUACAAAAUGCAUGUAUGGAUGAUGAUGCAAAGGAAAGUAAAUCAAGGAAAAGACCAUACGAUGAUCCUUAUCAUCAUUACAGUAAACCACCAAAGAUUCAAAGAACAACUGAAAAAAGUGACGAUGAUACAAAUGAGGAGGAAAGAGACUACGAUGGAGGAGAAAAUUUUAUUAAAGAAUCUAAAAAUUUUCUUGAUGGACAAGAUAAGGCUCAACGAAUGAUGCGUAUGAUGGGAUAUAAAGAAGGCCAUGGUCUCGGAAAGAAUAAACAAGGUCGCUUAGAACCAGUACAGGCCCCUAAACAACAUGGUCGUAGAGGUCUUGGACAUCAUGUACCAGGACUUGAAGCUUCAAGUCUUAAAUGGGAUCCUAAAGAAGAAGAAAUAAAAGUUAAAGAAGACAUAGAAUGGAUAAGAAAUCCAGAUAAUUGUUUGCCAUCGUUCGAAGAAAUGCAACUCUGGUUGCAAAAGGGACCUAAGAAGCUAAUAAUAGAGGAUGAAACCCAAUUCUGUGAUGAAGAUAUAGUUAUAAAUGUUAUUAAUGCAAAAUCAAUAUUUGAUCAUUUGGACGAAAUAGAAGUACGACGUGCGAGGACACGUUGUAAUCCCUAUGAAACUAUUCGCGGUGCGUUCUUUUUAAAUCGUGCUGCUGUUAAAAUGGCAAAUAUAGACAAAGCAUGCGACUUUAUGUUUACCAAGCCGGAAGGUUUACAAGACAAUGAAUUGUUAUAUUUUGCGGACGUAUGUGCUGGGCCAGGUGGUUUCAGUGAAUAUGUUUUAUGGAGAAAAAAAUGGCAUGCAAAAGGAUUUGGUCUUACUUUGAAGAAUGAAAACGACUUUAAAUUAGCUGAUUUUUACGCAGGUCCUUGUGAAACAUUUCACCCGUAUUAUGGACCAAAAGAGAACGGUGAUGUUUUUGAUCCCAUCAACCAGGAAGCUUUCAAAGAUCUUGUAAUGACGCAUACUCAUGGCAAAGGAGUACAUUUUAUGAUGUCUGACGGAGGAUUUUCAGUAGAAGGUCAAGAAAAUAUACAAGAGAUUCUUUCAAAACAAUUGUAUCUAUGCCAAUGUUUAGUAGCCUUGAUGAUUGUACGAGAGAAGGGUCAUUUUGUCACGAAGCUAUUCGACCUUUUCACACCCUUCAGCGCUGGGUUAAUUUACUUAAUGUAUCGUUGUUUCGAAGAAAUUUCUAUUUUCAAGCCAAAUUCCUCUAGACCAGCAAAUUCAGAACGUUAUUUAAUAUGUAAAACUAAACGUUCUGGUACAGAAGACGUUUUACGUUAUCUUAAAUACGUUAACAAUUUGCUUUUGAAAAGCGAUGAUAAUAAUGACGUUCUACAAUUAGUAUCACUGGACGAAUUAGAAAAGGAAAGACAAUUUGUACAAUAUUUGCGUAUAUCAAACGAUGAUUUAGGAAGGAAACAAAUCAUAGGUUUGCGCAAAAUUGCUGCAUUUUGUGAAGACAAUACUCUUGUUGAAACGAAGCAAGCGGAUAUGCGUAAAGAGUGUCUUAAAUAUUGGGAGAUUCCAGACGAAAGCAGAACAAUACCGAGGCAUAUGAAGCCCCAAGAUAAACUGAAAGUUCUUCUUGAAAAUAAUACUAAAUUUAUCUCGACUCCUGCGAAAAGAUUGACCAAGGAAACUAUGGAAAGUACAAUGACUGAACCUUAUGAUUGGUUCUGUAUGCCCUGUAGUACUGGACUUUCGACCGAACCCAAUAAAAGUGCUACAUUUUAUAUGGGCAUGGGAAGGAGUAACGUGUACCGUUUGAUACGAGGUAUUUGGACGCAGAUUAAUGAUAUCAAUGUAGAGUUACCACCAAAUACACUUGUGUAUGCUGAGGUCGUCUACGAGAUGGCAAAAGAGUUCAGAAAUCAGAAAAAAGUACAGACAUUACAUAUUUUAGACGCUUUCAUCCUAGGAGCUGAAAACGUUAGUUGCAAAUAUUUGAGAGACAGGCACGAACUCACAAAGCUAUUUUGUGAAGCUUUAUGGAAGCCUGUUGGCGGUACAUACACUCGUGUGCGUGUUAAAGAAUUACUUCCAGUAGAUCCAAACAUAUGUGAAACAUUGCAAGUAAAGCAACGUCUAAUGAAGAACAAUCGACUGGCUUUAGUAUAUGAAAUUCCUACAACUUCUUUAGGAUGCAACAAUUCUGAUAACGAUAAACCAUACUUUAUACCAAACAGUGUAAUUUUCUUAAAAAGUACUGCCCCUCCUUGGACCCGGCAUUGUAGUAAAAGGCAUUCUGUAACGUAUGUGUUUAAUUCUAAAACGGGUGAGAACAUGUUUGACAAAGAUCGACCACCGGAAGCAGAAGCAAAUUUCAUUCAAUCGUUUGAAAAUCGCGUUGUUUGGUAUUGGCCUAACGAUGAGGAGCUCACAAUUGAGAUGGUUGCAGAACAUAUUAGUAACAAAUGCCCGAAGCAUAGCGUGGGUUUAGAAUACUAGGGUAGUAAAUUAAACAUUAAGGUAAAUAUAAAACUUCUUAUUAAUGAUUUAUAAUUAUGACAUUAAUUCCUAUACAUGUAUGUAUACAUGUAUAGUUUUAUAAAUAUACAAAUACAAGAAUUACGAGUUCUUACCGAAGUUAUAAAAAUGCGUACAUGUAUUUUAUAAGAAAAUAACAGAUGUACAUUUAUGUAAACAGAUAGGCGUACCAUACAUGAUGUGUGGUAUAGCCCGGGCAAAAUCAUAAGCUAUAUUUAUGAAGUAUCUGCAUGUAGUUACGAUAAGCGAAUAUAAUUAAUUUCAAAAACA